AACAUGAAGCAUUACUGCUUUGGCUUAGUAAUCUGAAGAAACGAGGACGGCAAGUGGCUCGCUGUAAAGGAGAAUGAUGAUAAAGGAUGGUGGCUUCCAGGAGGCACUAUGGAGAAGAAUGAGACUUUUGAAGAGACAGCUAUUAGGGAGACCAAGGAGGAAGCAGGUGUGGAUAUAGAGGUUAAGGGUGUCUUGAAGGUUGAGCAUACUCCUUGUGGGUCGCAUUAUAGGAUGAGAGUGUUCUUUUAUGCAGAGCCGAAGGAUGAUUCACCACCACCGAAGACGGAGCCUGAUGAGGAGAGUGAAGAAGCGAGAUGGGUAACGCUUGAUGAACUGCUUGAGUUGAAGGAAACUCCUCCCUAUUGGAGAGGAGGGGAGCUUUAUAAGUAUGCGAAAUAUAUUGAAGAUGGAGGAGAAAUUUAUCCUAUUGAUCUUUUUGGGUUGGAAGGAGAGUAA